AUGAGUUCUGGCCGUUUACCUUCUUUACGAGAUGCUGCACAAGAUACACUGAAUAAUCCAGGUAUGAAAAAAAAGACCACGCUUAAAUUUAAACCAAAAGCAGGUACAAGAAGAUCAAAGGAAGAAAGAGAAGCAUCAGCAUUAAAGGUAAAAACAGAAGUAUCAAUUGAAAAAAAGGAUAAUAAGAAUGGGAAUCAACAGAAUCGGAUGGGUAAUCAAAGACAGAGAAGAAUCCCCAGGUAUUUAGCCAACACACAUGUUAUUUCAUCUGGUCCAUUAGCUGCAGGUAAUUUUGUUGGUGACAGUGGCCGUGGUGGAGGAAGUAUGGCCAGAAGAGGAUUUGUUAAAGUGGAAGGUGAUAGUUCUUCUUUAGUCAAGAAGGGUUUAUUAACCAUUGAAAAUAAUGCAGAUGAUUCUGAUGUAGAUGAAAAUGGUAGUUUUGGAGACGAUAAUGAUGUUGAUGAAAAGAAAGAUUCUAAAAAUCACGCCACUAAAUUCAAUAUGGGUAGAGAAUAUAGAGUUGGAAAAGAUGAUUUUGAAUUGGAUGAGGAUGAUAUCAAUAGUGACAUAGAACUGGAUGACGAAGCUUUGCAGGCUAGAAGAAUUGAGGAGAUGUUUCCAGUUAGACCAUUACGUAUUAGACAUGAGGAUAUAUAUGUACUAAAGAAGGAUAUAGAAGAAUCUUUGACUGAAGCUGCAACACGUGAACAAACUCCUGGUGUUGUGGUAAAUAACGAAGUGUCUUCACCAUCCUCUGAUAUAAAGAUGGAAAAUGAUGAUAAUAUUAAUGGUACCCUUAUUGAUACCUUGGAAAACAAGAGGGAGGAAUUACAAGAAAAAUUGAAUAGAUUGGAUAUUGGUUCAGAAUCUCAGUCAAUUGAUGCUAAGGAAAUGAAGAUCGAAACUAUUCAGGUUCAUCGUGAUUAUGAAAAAUUGAGAAGUAAGUUAAAAAGAGUAAAUAAUAAAACUGAUAAAUUUAUAUUGUUCCAAUUACCAUAUGCAUUACCCACUUUCCAAGAUGUAACAUCUAAGGAUGAAGAAAAUGAAACAAAUGCAAAAGCUGUAAAAGUGGGGGAAGAAACAGAGGAUAGUAAUAAUAACAAUAAUAAAAAGAAUGACGAUGUUGAUAACAGUAGUACUAAAACUAAUGGUAAAGGUGACACAAAAAAACCAACAACAAAAAAGACUAAAGCUAAGAAGAAUAAGAAGAAGAUUACUGCUGUUCCACAAGAAGAAUUAACAGGAAGAAUUGGGUCCUUAAGGGUUCAUAAAUCUGGUAAAAUCACAGUUCGUGUAGGUGAGGUGGUAAUGGAAGUAAGUAGAGGUGCCGAAACAUCAUUUAUCCAAGAUAUAGUGGCAUUAGAUAUGGAUGAUGAAGAAGCACCUACAGUAGAAUACUUAGGUAGAGUUUGCGAUAGAAUCCUUGUUACUCCAAACUUUUUAUAG